GAGAUCCAUCACACGAAAGGAAAAACCUCAUUGUUAAAGUUAUCUCACAAGUAAUAGAAGUUAAUCAUCCAAUUGAAAGGAGCAGUUGGAAGAAGGAUUAUUAUAUGAGCCGAUGACAAAAACAACCGAGGCUUAAGCCGGAACGCCAUUCGCACGUACAUAGCCAAGUUCAUCUUCCCUCGGCGAACGGAAAAAGAUGUUGCUCGGAAAGUUCUGCCGGCUUUACGGUAGGCCCUUAAAAUACCCGAGGGUUUUCAUUCGCGAGGUCGAAAGACGUAUUUAACAAGGUAAGGUUUCCUGUUCGAGCGCCACGAUUACGUGCAAAGUAUCUACCUUCCGUGAUAAGUUGGACACGUUUUAGAGGUAUAAAUUUAGAGCUUUUGACUUAGAAAAUUCAAUUUAGUGCUUUUUGAAUGAACACUUUGCAGUGGCUUUCAAUUCCACAAAAGUUGUGUUCAGCUACGUCAAUCUCAAAUUGAGUAAACAGUGCCGUUUGUCGUGUGUAAACCAAAGUAAGUUCUGUGUAUAGUUUUCCUGCUUUCAUAGGUAGUUUUCAUAUAAGAUUUGGUUGUCUCAAUCAUUUACACCUCACUUAUAUCCCAUUCACACCAGCAAAAUAUGCUUAAUUAAACCGGGUUUAACUGAAUAGAAAUGAGAUCGAAGAACUGAAUUCGCCAUUGGAUUCAAUUAGUCGCUAACUUGUAUUUUGAAUGUCGACAAACAUCGGUUAAGGAGCUCCUAUAGAGAAAACUGACAAUUUCAAGAAGUGUUUAACCAAACAGCUUUACAUCAUGAUAAAGCUUUGCGCGUAUGGGUUACAAGGCGCCGUUACUGUCUCAAAUCAACCAAACCCCCUUUCAGCUUUUUUAAUGACAAACGCUUCGUCGCAGCUCCACACAUGUAAUAUUCAGCAACUAAACGUUAGUAGUUUGUCUGACGUUUCAAUAAGUUAAAGAUGAAGGCAAUUUUUAAGCAUUUGUUCCUUUAUAAAUUCUUACCCUUAUGAAAGUUGUAUACUAAAUUUCAAGUGAUUACGCACCUUACUGGUUAGAGAGCUUUAUGAUUGAGUGUCGUAAAACUAAAAACUACCAAUCAGAAGGAAGGAAAACAGACGUCUUAAGAAUCAAUUAGAACUCAAAGUACAACCGAGCAAACUGCUAAAAGCGCGGGAAACGUGGGCGACCAAGUGAUGAUUGGUUUUAGCAAGCGUCGAUCUGAUUGGUUGAGAGUGGCGCCAGUUUUUUUUAGACAAAUUACAGUGCGAAUAAAAACAAAACCAAUGCAGUUUGAUUAUUUUCGACACACGAAAAUUGCACUAACGCUGUCUUUUUCUCUAUUAUUAUACAGGUCCUCACCUUUUAAGAGUACUAAUCAAGAUGGAAUUUACGGAACAUGAAGAGAACGUUUCACAGUUUUACUCUCGCGUUGUAGAUAACAGUCAUGAUUGGAAUGAGGGAUUUCUGACAUUUGGAUUAUGGAAAACGAAGUCUGGUGAACCCAUACCACGGCCGAAAUGCUACAGAGCAAUGUAUGAUGAACUUUUGGAGGGCAGCGGGAUACAGCCGCACCAUGACGUGCUAGAUGUUGCUUGUGGGCAGGGAGCAGGCAUGCUGCGGGUCAAGUCCCAGUACGGCUGCAAUACGCAAGGUCUGGAUAUCAGUGUUGCAAAUGUGGAAAUAGCAACGCGUAGACUGCGUGACACCGGAGUCACUGUCACGCGAGGGAGCGGAACGAAGAUGCCUUAUGGCGAAAAUUCCUUUGACUACGUCCUUUGCGUAGAAGGAGGGCCCCACAUGAAUAGCAGAGAAGAUUUUUUUCGAGAGGCCUUCCGAGUUCUUAAGCCAGGAGGAAAAUUAUUGAUGGCUGAUCUCGUUGUUCUGAAGGCACUUCAAGAUUUACGAUACCUACAGCAGCUCGUUCUAAAGGCAGCUGCAAAGGCUUGGAUUAUUCCAAACAGUAACAUGUGCUAUGGAAUCGAUGAGUACAAACAAAGGGUAAAGGACGUUGGCUUCAAAAUGAGAAGAUUUGAAUUAAUAGGCGACAGAGUGAUACCAGGUUAUUGUAAUUUCAAUCUUUCAUUGUCAGUUAUGCGAGAGCAGGCGAAAAUCAGGGGUCCGUUUGUCGGUUACAUGGGAGGUCCGAUAAUUGAUGUUCUCCUUGAAAAGGCCUUUUCUCAUGGAUUGAUCGAAUAUACUCUUGUAGUCGCUGAGAAAGAAAUUAACGAGUAAAAGUUUGAAGACCACGGAUUUAGAACUCUUUAUUUGUUUUUGCG